AUGUUUUACCGGUUGCUAUCGGUGGUCCAAAGACAAAGAACCAGCCGAGGAUGGCAGAACUGGUCCUCAGCCAGAAGCGGUGCAUCAGCGGCCGAGGCGCAUUCUGUCGCCCUGCCUGCCCAGGCGCAGGUGGUCAUCUGUGGCGGGGGGAUCAUGGGCACAUCUGUGGCCUAUCACCUGUCCAAGCUGGGGUGGAAGGACAUUGUUCUUUUGGAGCAGGGCAGGCUGGCUGCUGGCUCUACAAGGUUCUGUGCGGGCAUCAUAAGCACUGCCAGGCACUUGAGCAUCGAGCAGAAGAUGGCAGACUAUUCAAACAGACUGUACCAGCAGUUAGAGCAAGAAACGGGGAUCCAAACAGGUUAUACACGGACAGGCUCCAUCUUUCUGGCCCAGACUCAGGACCGGCUGAUCUCCCUGAAGCGCAUCAACUCCAGGCUGAAUGUGAUAGGCAUCCCUUCUGAGAUCAUCUCCCCCAAGAAAGUGGCCGAACUGCACCCUCUGCUCAACGUGCAUGACCUGGCAGGGGCCAUGCACGUCCCCGAGGACGCGGUGGUGUCCUCUGCUGACGUGGCUCUCGCCCUGGCAAGUGCUGCCUCCCAAAAUGGUGUUCAGAUCUAUGACCGGACAAGUGUUGUUCACGUGAUGACCAAAAAAGGUGAAGUGACUGGUGUGGAGACAGAUAAAGGACAGAUCGAAUGCCAGUAUUUUGUCAACUGUGCUGGUCAGUGGGCAUACGAGCUGGGUCUGUCCAACGAGGAGCCGAUUAGCAUCCCGUUACAUGCCUGCGAACACUUCUACCUCCUGACUCGCCCCUUGGAGACCCCUCUGCAGAGCAACACACCAAACAUUGUGGACGCCGAUGGCAGAAUUUAUAUUCGCAACUGGCAGGGCGGCAUCUUGUCUGGGGGGUUUGAGAAAACCCCAAAACCAAUUUUCACCGAGGGCAAGAACCAGCUAGAGAUUCACAACCUACAGGAAGACUGGGACCACUUUGAGCCCCUGUUGAGCUCCCUCCUGCGUAGGAUGCCAGACCUGGAGACGCUGGAGAUUGUGAAGUUGGUCAACUGCCCCGAGACCUUCACGCCCGACAUGAGGUGCAUCAUGGGCGAGUCUCCUUUGGUUAAGGGCUACUACGUCCUGGCAGGAAUGAACUCUGCUGGCCUUUCGUUUGGUGGAGGAGCUGGAAGGUACCUCGCCGAGUGGAUGGUGGAUGGUUACCCCUCAGAAAACGUCUGGGAGCUGGACCUGAAGCGCUUCGGAGCCCUGCAGAGCAGCCGCACCUUUCUGCGCCACCGGGUCAUGGAAGUCAUGCCUCUGCUGUAUGAUUUGAAGGUUCCUCGUUGGGACUUCCAGACCGGGAGGCAGCUACGCACAUCCCCUCUGUACGACCGGCUGGACGCACAAGGAGCCCGGUGGAUGGAGAAGCAUGGGUUCGAGAGGCCCAAGUACUUUGUGCCACCAGGCAAGGACCUCCUGGCUUUGGAGCAGAGCAAGACUUUCUAUAAGCCGGACUGGUUUGACAUUGUGGAGUCUGAAGUCAAGUGCUGUAAGGAAGCCGUGUGUGUCAUUGACAUGUCCUCUUUCACGAAGUUUGAAAUAACAUCCACCGGAGAUCAGGCAUUAGAAACCCUGCAGUACCUCUUCUCCAAUGACCUUGACGUGCCCGUGGGCCACAUCGUGCAUACCGGCAUGCUCAACGAGGGCGGAGGAUAUGAGAAUGACUGCAGCAUAGCGCGCCUGAACAAGCGCAGUUUCUUCAUGAUUUCUCCAACCGACCAGCAGGUCCACUGUUGGGCCUGGCUUAAGAAGCACAUGCGGCUGGACAGCGACCUGAUCCUGGAGGACGUUACCUGGAAAUACACGGCCCUCAAUCUGAUUGGUCCUCGAGCUGUGGAUGUGCUGUCCGAGUUGUCCUAUGCCCCGAUAACUCCAGACCACUUCCCAAGCCUCUUUUGCAAGGAGAUGAGUGUGGGCUAUGCCAACGGGAUCCGGGUGAUGAGCAUGACCCACACGGGAGAGCCAGGCUUCAUGCUGUACAUCCCCAUAGAGUAUGCUCUGCAUGUCUACAAUGAAGUGAUGAGUGUUGGGCAGAAAUACGGAAUCCGGAAUGCUGGGUAUUAUGCUCUUCGUAGUCUCCGAAUUGAGAAGUUUUUUGCCUUCUGGGGUCAGGAUUUGAAUACCCUCACCACCCCCCUGGAAUGUGGACGAGAGUCUCGGGUGAAAUUAGAUAAGGGGGUGGACUUCAUCGGUCGCGAGGCCCUGCUGCAGCAGAGGCAGAACGGAGUGUACAAACGCCUGGCUAUGUUCGUCCUGGACGACCACGACACAGACCUGGACCUCUGGCCGUGGUGGGGAGAGCCCAUCUACCGAAACGGGCUGUACGCGGGCAAGACCACCAGCAGUGCCUACAGCUACACCCUGGAGCGCCACGUGUGCCUGGGCUUCGUGCACCAUUUCUCUGAGAACACCGGGGAAGAGCAGGUGGUGACAGCAGAUUUCGUCAACCGGGGAGAGUACGAGAUUGACAUUGCAGGACAACGGUUCCAGGCCAAGGCCCGGCUCUACCCGGUCGCCUCCCUCUACACCCAUAAGCGCCGGAAGGAAGACGUGGAGCUAAGUGACUUGCAUGGGAAGUAA